AUGGAUGUCCUGCUGGAUGUGCUGGACACCUUUGUGUUCGACCGUCUCUACGCCACGCUCUUCCCUGUCUCUCCGGCUGUGCUUCACUCUCAGACCACUCAUGGCGUCUCUCAGAAUGGCACGGAACUGGCUUCGGUCAACACCCAUAUCAGCCGCUACAUCUCUCUCGAGCCCUCCGAAUGGGCCGCCAAAUCCACCUGGUCCCGCGACAACAUCUACCGACAAUUUCUGAGUCUCUUUCUCAUGACAUGGAUCUUCGGCCUCGUGCUGUACUUCAUCAGCGCAACGCUCUCCUUCUAUUUGGUCUACGACAAACGCGCCAUGAAGCACCCUAAGUUUCUUCGCAACCAGAUCCGCCUCGAAAUCCAACAGGCCGUGCACGCCAUGCCCAUAAUGGCUGCCCUAACAGCGCCGUUCUUCGUCGCUGAAGUCCGUGGCUUCUCCCGUCUCUACGACUUUGCGUCGGAAGCCCCGUUCCCGCUGUACGUCUACCUGCAGUACCCGCUCUUCAUCGCCUUCACCGAUUUUGGCAUCUACUGGAUCCACCGCGGACUGCACCACCCCGCCAUCUACAAGCGUCUGCACAAGCCGCACCACAAAUGGAUCAUCUCGACUCCGUACGCCAGCUACGCCUUCCAUCCGCUCGACGGCUGGAGUCAGAGCGUGUCCUAUCACAUCUUUCCGAUGCUGUUCCCCUUGCAGAAGAUCGCGUACCUGGGAUUGUUUACUUUUGUGACCAUCUGGACGGUCAUGAUUCAUGACGGAGAAUAUGCCAUGAACUCGCCGGUGGUCAACGGCUCGGCCUGCCAUACCAUUCACCACUACUACUUCAACUAUAACUACGGCCAGUUCACGACUCUUUGGGACCGCAUCGGCGGGAGCUACCGCAAGCCUGACGCGGCGCUCUUUGACCGCGAGCAGCGCGUGAAGGAAGAGGAGAUCCGCAAGCAAGUCAAGGAGAUGGAGCGGCUGGUCAAGGAGGUCGAGGGGACGGAUGAUCGAACAUAUAACCAGACGAAGAAGGACCUUGAAUGUCGGUUCCAUUAA